CACCGAGCGCGGACGCGGAGGUGUAAUUUCACUCAUCCACCAAAUAUUUUGUUUGUUUGUUUGUUUGUUUGGUAGUUUUAUAUAUAUUUAUAUUUUAUAAAAAAAAAAAAUCAACUGAGCAGGUGCUUUGUGUGAGCCUCCGUUACUCGGGGACGCGCGAGACGAGGCACUUUUUUUACGCGUUUCUCCCCGCGCGCUAUCGAGGCUACCGAGUGUGUGUGUAAGUGUGUGUGUGUGUGUGUGAGAGAGAGAUAGAGAGAGAGCGACAGAGGUAGAGAGACUAAAUUCUAGCGGAGCAGCCUAAAGGACCGCAGCACGAGCAGAAGGAGAAGGAGUUCGCGCGAGAUGCUGCAUCCGCUCACGGGCGCUCCGUGCGUGGCACUGGCUGAGGUGGGCGCGCGCCCGCAGCUAUCCUCCUCGUGCGCCCUGACGUUCGUCUACCUGCAGCAGGGUAAUCAGGACGCCCCCGCCCCACCGGAGCCCAUGGCCCAGCCGUACCCCUCCGCCCAGUUUGCCCCCCCUCAGAACGGCCUGCCCACUGAGUACCCGGCGUCUCACCCUCACCCCGCCCCCGAGUACCCGGGCACGAGCGCUGUACCUGAGCACACGCUGAACAUGUAUCCUGCCGCACACACACACAGCGAGCCCAGCGCAGACUCCAGCGCACACACCGUCUCCGGCACAGCCACGCAGACAGACGACGCAGCACAGACAGACAGCCAGCAACAGACGCAGUCCUCUGAAAGCACGGAAAACAAGACGCAGCCGAAGCGACUCCACGUCUCCAACAUUCCCUUCAGGUUCAGAGAUCCAGACCUCAGGCAAAUGUUCGGCCAAUUUGGUAAAAUCUUAGAUGUUGAGAUCAUUUUUAAUGAGAGGGGAUCUAAGGGUUUUGGUUUCGUAACUUUCGAAAGUAGUGCUGAUGCGGACAGGGCGAGGGAGAAAUUACACGGCACGGUGGUAGAAGGCCGUAAAAUAGAGGUGAACAAUGCGACAGCACGAGUAAUGACAAACAAAAAGACAGUCAACCCUUAUGCAAACGGCUGGAAGUUGAAUCCUGUGGUAGGUGCAGUCUACAGCCCAGAAUUCUAUGCAGUGCCAGGUUUCCCGUACCCAGCUGCCACAGCGGCUGCAGCCUACAGAGGGGCGCACUUAAGAGGGAGAGGACGCACCGUGUACAACACGUUUCGGGCAGCAGCUCCUCCACCACACAUCCCAGCGUACGGAGGAGUCGUGUACCAGGAUGGAUUUUAUGGGGCAGAUAUUUAUGGUGGUUACGCUGCUUACCGAUACGCCCAGCCUGCCACAGCUGCCGCUGCCGCCUACAGUGACAGAAAUCAUUUCGUCCUCGUUGCGGCAGAUGAAAUUUCUUGUAACACCUCUUCAGUUACGGACGAGUUUAUGCUGCCGACCCCUACAACCACGCACUUGCUCCAGCAGCCACAUACAGCGUUGGUGCCAUGAACGCUUUCGCACCCCUGACCGACGCCAAGACCAGGAGCCACGCGGACGACGUGGGUCUCGUUCUUUCUUCGCUGCAGGCUAGUAUAUACCGAGGCGGAUACAGCCGUUUCGCUCCAUACUAAAAAGAAAAAAAAAAGAAAAAGGAAAUAUAACACACACACCUCCUAACUCAACUCAACUCUACUCAACUCAACGCGAAUUCUUCCCGAGGGUGGUACAGAGGGAAACACUUUUCCGAGGCCUGGGUAUUGCAAUACAACGCAGUCGUGCAUCAUUUUCAGCACCUCUUGCGGAGCAGAGAGAGGACAAAAAAAGUAAAGAAAAGAAAAGAAAAAAAACACGGAUAUUUUUCAUCUUAUACCUCAAGAUAUUUUGUGCUGUGUAUUUUAAUAUUGUGGGUUUUUAAUUUCUAAAACAUAGAAUCGUUGGCUGUAGAGGUUUCUGUGGUGAACUAGAGAGCUGCUAGAUUAAAAAAAAAAAAACAACAACAACAAUAAACAAAAAACAAACAGAAGGAGAGAAAAAAAA